AUGUUUAACUUCGUAACAAAUUACGCCGAAGGUCGCAGGCGCCUUGCAAAAACCUUCACCUUCCUUCAGGCUGGGAGCGGCUAUAAUGUAAUCCAAACGUCGAGGCCACAGACGAUUGGUUACGCCCAAGCCGAUUCCCCCGUCGCCUUGCUCGCCUGGAUUUACGAGAAACUGCACGACUGGACAGACGCGUACCCCUGGACGGAUGACGAGGUCCUAACCUGGGUAAGCAUCUAUUGGUUCUCGGCUGCCGGACCGGCCGCCUCGAGCCGUAUCUACCAUGAGGCUAGGGCGCCGGAUGUCAAACCAAAGAACGGGGACAUUCACCUCAUGCAGACCACCAGAGAUUAUAGCUCUGGGCCGAAAUUUGGACUGUCCCAUUUUCCCCAGGAAUUGAUGCCGAUGCCUUAUUCAUGGGGCAGCAUGGUUGGGGCCGUGGUGCAGGAGGUAGAGCAUGAGUCAGGUGGGCACUUUGCUGCAUGGGAGAAACCUGAGGAACUAUGUGGGGAUGUGAGGAAGAUGUUCUCUAAAGGUGGACCAUGCUAUGGGAUCGUCAAAGGAAGAGAUGGAUAUGUGAGCGGUACCAUGUAA